AUGUCAAGCACCUCGCAGGUUCUUACAUGUAAAGCUGCCAUAUGCUGGGGAAUAGGACACCCGGUUACAGUGGAAGAGAUAGAAGUUGACCCACCAAAAGCAACUGAAGUUCGAGUUAAGAUGCUCACUGCCAGUAUUUGCCACACAGACAUAUCAAGCAUUCAAGGAUUCCCAUCUAUCAAUUUUCCUCUAGCACUUGGACACGAAGGAGUUGGGAUUGUAGAGAGUGUCGGUGAUCAAGUGACAACCUUUAAAGAGGGGGAUAUGGUAAUCCCAACAUAUAUAGGGGAGUGUCAAACAUGUGAGAAUUGUGUUUCAGGAAAAACCAAUUUAUGUCUGACAUAUCCUUUAAGAUUGACUGGUUUACUACCAGACAACACUUCAAGGAUGUCCAUCCGAGGACAGAGGCUACACUAUGUUUUAAGUUGUGCCACAUGGUCAGAAUACAUGGUUAGUGAUGUCAAUUACAUUUUAAAAGUUGAUCCAACCAUUGAUCCAGUCCAUGCCAGUUUCAUCUCAUGUGGGUUUUCAACUGGCUUUGGAGCUGUUUGGAAGGAAGCCAAGGUUGAAAGUGGAUCCUCUGUAGCUGUUUUUGGUCUUGGGGCUGUUGGAUUAGGGGCUGUAAGUGGAGCCAAAAUCAUGGGAGCAACUAAGAUAAUUGGAAUUGACAAAAAUGAGAAGAAGAGAGAAAAAGGAGAGGCUUGUGGAAUGACUCACUUUAUAAACCCUGGUGAUUCUGCUAAAUCUGUUUCAGAAUUGGUGAAGGAACUAAGUGGUGGAAUGGGUGUGGAUUAUUCCUUCGAGUGCACUGGAAUUGCCCCUCUACUUACUGAAUCAUUGGAAGCUACAAAAGUGGAAUUCCCUCUUCAAGAACUAUUCACCCAUGAGGUCCCUUUAGAAGAUAUUAACAAAGCAUUUGAACUAUUGAAAGAUCCAAACUGUGUAAAAGUUGCCAUCAAGAUGUGA